GUCGGCCAUGAGACUGGGGAAUAAAAACGAUUUGAAAAAAUAAUUUGGAUUUGAAUUUUCUUCCCAAAAAAUGCAAAUCGGGGAAUAUGAGCUCACUUUCAUCGAUGUUGCGGUGUUUGUGGUGUUUCUCGUGGCUUUGAAUAAAAUUGUUAAAAGGAUGCUUGUUGCAAAAAUCAAUGAGCCAGCGAAAUAUGAGAUCGAACAGCUCGAAGAGCGUGAUAUGACAAUGGAAGAAAUCGAAAGCAUGCGCCGCGAGGAGAACAGGUGCCUGGUCAUUGUGGAAGACAAAAUUUACGACCUCUCUGGCUCACAAGAUCUCUAUGACAACAACCGCGAUCUUUUCGAGAGUAGUGAAGGAUGUGGACCUGAAUGGGCACCGAUUUGUGCUAGGAAAUAUCCAUUCGUCGGACACGUUUUGAAGAAUUAAUUAAAAUCUCAGCGGGAGUUUGAUCAAAUUUCGGGUUGUUUAAGUUGUGUCAGUUACAUCGUGUUUUUUUGUUGUUAAAUAAAACGGUUAUUUUUUUUCAUA